AGGUGCGGAAGGCUGUUAGGCGCUGGCAUUUGAGCCAGUGCUCAGGUGCGGUCGCGUCGGUUCUGAUGUGUGCCGCGAAGGUGGGGCGCUGGCGUGAGCCGAGCCACUAAGCUUUAGCAGGCCGGGGCCACAGGCAAGGCUAAUGGGCUAGGGGUAAGGCUGCGUGUGAGACGGGGUGACGGCGGGGACCAGCCCGGGCAGGGACCGGGACUGGGGAUCCCUGAGCAGCCGGCUGGCCCGGCUGGAGGGAGUAGCUUAAGAUUGCGGUUCCAUCUCAAGAGAUCUGAGCGGGGGAAGGCCACCCCGCGUGGAAGAGGGUAAGUGGAAGUGUCCGGAAGCGAGAAACUAGCAGCAGGCGUUAGUCUGGGGAAACGGAGGAGUCGAAGGAAAAAGGGAAGCUUGUGGAAGUAACUGACAGGGUUAAGUGACCCGGAAAGAAGGCUGGUGGAUGUGAAUCAAGAGUGAAGUGUGGCGGGAGAGAAGAAGGUCUGUGUAAGUGGAUCGAGGGAAAGUGGAGGAAGUGGCCGGGGCCAGAAGAGUGCCAGAGGUGGCCGGAAGGCAGCGGAGCAGCGCUCAAGCCUGAGGGUGUUUGGAAAUUGGAAGAGUUGGUUGGUGGCAAGGAAAGUCAGGACUCGGAAUCGGAGAGUGGGCGACGUGUUCGGGAUGUGCGAUCAGAGGCUGGUCAGAUUGGCCGUGCAGCAGCAGCUUCGGGCUGUCUAUGGCAUUAAGGUCAAGAGUGGCCGCGGUCAGUGUGAUCCCAGGAGACAUGAAACUGCGGCUACGGAAAUAAGGGGGAAGAUAUUUGGAGUUCCCUUUAAUUCCUUGCCUCAUUCAGUUGUUCCAGAAUAUGGACACAUUCCAAGCUUUCUUGUUGAUGCGUGCACAUCUUUAAAAGAGCAUAUUCACACAGAAGGGCUUUUUAGGAAGUCGGGGUCUGUUAUUCGUCUAAAGGCUCUAAAGAGUAAACUGGAUCAUGGUGAGGCCUGCCUGUCUUCUGCACUUCCGUGUGAUGUUGCAGGCCUGCUUAAGCAGUUCUUCCGGGAAUUGCCAGAGCCUGUCCUCCCCGCUGAUCUGCAUGAAGCACUUUUCAAAGCUCAACAGUUAGGGGCAGAGGAGAGGAAUAAAGCUACAUUGUUGCUGUCCUGUCUUAUGGCAGAUUCUACAGUUGAUAUAUUAAGAUACUUCUUUACCUUUCUUAAGAAUGUUUCUCUUAGGGCAAGUGAGAAUAAAAUGGACAGCAGCAAUCUUGCAGUAAUAUUUGCACCAAAUCUUCUUCAGACAAGUGAAGGCCAUGAGAAAAUGUCUGCCAACACAGAGAAGAAGCUACGUCUGCAGGCAGCAGUAGUGCAGACGUUUAUUGACUAUGCAUCAGACAUUGGACGAGUGCCAGAUUUUAUCCUGGAAAAGAUACCAACCAUGUUAGGUAUUGAUGGACUCUGUGCUACUCCAUCUCUGGAAGGCUUUGAAGGAGACUAUGAAACUCCUGGUGAAUGUAAGAGAAAAAGAAGACAAAGUGUCGGAGAUUUUGUGAAUGGAGCCCUAAGUAAACUUAAAUCUAGCAGAACACCCUCUAUUACACCUCAACAAGAUAGGACAGCCCAGGCCUCUGUAUCACCAUUGAUUCUCACACCAAGUGUUAAGCGUAAACUGCCAGGAGAGUCUUCUCAUGCCUUCUCCAGUAAAAAAAGGAAGUCCAUCAAGCACAACUUGAACUUUGAGCUGUUGCCAAGUCAUCUGUUUAGCAGCAAUUCUACACCAGUAUCAGUUCACUUUGACACAAGUCCUGAAGGGUCAUCUCAGAGUUCUCUCUCACCAAUCACCAUGAGUGGAAACCACUUGAUCAGUACAGACCUAAGACGGAGUAAAAGGAUUGCCAACAAAAAAGUUUAUAGGGUAGAAUCAGGAAAAGCAGGCUGCUUCUCUCCCAAAGUCAGUCGUAAAGAAAAGACCCGAAGAUCUCUCCGUCUGAAAUUUAGUCUCGGGAAGAACAGAGAUUCAAAUGGAUAUUCUGUCAUCAAUAGAUAUGAAAAUGUUGGUCGACGACUAGCGAAUCAGCAAAAUCUAAAAAAUAGGACUGAGUCUGUAAAAACAGGCCUGCUUUUUAGCCCAGAUAUUGAUGAAAGAUUGCUAAAGAAAGGCUCAGAAAAGAUCAGCAAAUCUGAGGAACACUUACUAACUCCAGAUCAACUAGAUGGAACAGGUUACCGGAUGUCUUGGACAGAACCAAGUAAUUCAAGUUUUCAAGACAUGAGUGUAAAUGGAACUUCUCCAAUAAUGCGAAAUCUUGAGGUGAAGAGAUUUUCUUUGGAGCCCGACAUUACUGUUGAAAAAUCACCAAUUGUGUCCUAUGAGCUCAGGCCUUCCACCUUCCAUAGCCAACCUGACAGCAGUGUGCUGGGGAGUUCCCUUAGUGGGGAUGAAGGUAACCUGGCCUCCGAGACCUUGCAGAAGAUUCAGAAAGCAUUUUCUGAAUCUGGGAGUGAUCUUCAUAUGGUGAUAAAUCAUGAGCAGUCAUUAGUAACAGAUAUGGGGGAGGAAGGUGAAUCGAGAGAUGUUCCCACGAGUGAGUCAAAGGGGCGUGACGGCAGCGAUGCUGGGGAGGAUGAGAGCCAUGCUCCAGGAAGGAAUUUCUCACCAUAUCAAAGUCCAGAAUUUUCCAGAGAAGCCAGUGAGGAACGUUACUCAGCUCAGAUGAAGGUGGAACGUGAGGACACACACUCAGAAACACCCAAAGCUGACCUCGUCCAGCAAGCAAUUCCUGGUGAGGAGCCAACCAAGGAACUACGGUCCCCAAGGAGCCAACUCAAUACUCUGUCACGGGGGAAUGAGAAUGUGGAAGAGGAGAACUCUGGGGCAAGUGAAGCUCCCGAGGGAGAUGAGACUCAGUCUUUAGAGAGGAGCACAUGCAGUGUGGCAGUCCUUUCAAAGCCUGGGCCCCAGAGACUUGCUAGGCAACAGUCACUGGUGGAAAAAUGUGCGAGUGCAGUUCCUGGGGGUCUACAAGUAACAGAGCACGGAAAGGUUUCUGAUCACAUACAGUGGUUUAAUAAACUUUCUCUAAAUGAACCGAACAGAGGAAAAAUGAAGUCACCUCUUAAAUUUCAGCGUACUCCUGUCCGUCAUUCCGUCAGGAGAAUUAAUUCUUUGUUGGAGUAUGGCAGGCAGCCUGUGAGGCAGAAGUUGGCAAUCCUUGGUGACACAGCUUCUCCUCUUGUUAAAUCAGUGAGCUGUGACAGUGCUCUUCCCACUUGUGUGCAAAGCACAUCAAAAGGUCCCACUGUUCUACCUACUAAGUCAGGUCUUGAAGCACAGAAGUCUACAUCUUGUAAUAAAUCAAGUGUUGAGUUAACUUCUAAAUCUUUCACAAAAAUGAAGAGACAUCCAGAUCCUUUGAAUGCUUCUCUUGGAACUACUAGACUUUGUAAACAGGAGAACAGAUCUAAUGGCCAAAUUAAGUUACCUUUGGAUGAUCUCACUAAUCAUGAUAGAUUAAAAUUGGUUGUAAAUAACAAUGCGGCCUUUUCUCCGGGGAUAAAAGUUCUUAGGAGGCCAUCAGAAAAAGAAAGGGUCUGGUACAAAGGUUCUCCUAAAAAUCCUAUUGGGAAGACUCACCUGCUACCAGCCAGUAAGCCUGUAGACUUGUAACUGUCAGAUGCCAUGCUCAUCAUCCGUGUAAAUAAAAUUAACAAUUGCUGGGUCACGUUGCAGAAUGCUCGAGUGUUGGUGUGUAGACAUGGGUUGGGGGGCAGUUGCAGGAUGCAGUGUGCUAGUGUGUAACUCAGGGUGCUUGUUAAGCAGGUUCUUUCUGAAGUGGUCCCACUGCUUGAGCAAUUUGGGCUUUCAUACUUACACAUAAGGCUACUUAGCUUUUCUUUAUUACUGAAGCAUUUAAACAACUUUAUUGUGAUUUCCUGAAGCAGGGGUUAUAAUAACUUUAGAAGAGAUUGUUGGCUAGAUUUAUUUAUACAAAAAGGGACAUGGUGAGUUUUAUUCUGCAUGCUUGAUCAGAAGAAUACAGGAAGUUGUGCUCGCGCCUCUUGUUAUUCCUUCACAUCAGGAACAUUGUCCACCAGAAACUUCUAAUACGCAAAGGGAUGAGGAAGCCCUACAAGUCUUAGGUCUGGAUUAUUCAUGUUUGUUGUCUUGACCCAAAACGGAGAAGUUACUAGGCCUCAGUGGGAUGCAAACACUCACCUUUGUUGUGGACAGAGGGAUUUGGUCAGUGUUGCCUGUGGUUUCACUUGAAUUUUGAAAUAAAGAUGGUGAAUAAAGCAGAAUGAUGACCAAGGUCUUUAUACAUUAUGAUGUUGAGGUAACUGAUUAAUUUUAAGCCAUACUUCAUUUUUUAAAGAUAUUUGGAUCAUAUUUUGUCCAAUGUGACAAUGAAAUUUUUAGGGAGGUAUAUUAAAGUUGAAAAUUUUAAUCAAGGUGUUUUUUUUCCUAUGAAGACGGUUGAUUGUAGAAUUUGAAUUGUUAAUGUACCUCUGUACAUUUUACUUAAAUAUCUGAUAGUGUUAUCAUGUGUUUAGAUGUUAUUUAUUUAGCAUAGACAUUAAAAAUAACUUCUGGG